AUGGAAUAUGCACAUCCUUUAUUCAAAAUGCAGAACAGAGGUCUGUUCAUGCUAUCAAAUGAAGUACUUGAACCGGAAAGGAAAGAAAAAGAAAAAGAAGAACCUCAAGCGCACAUUUUUCUCCGUAGAGGUUUUUGGCGAAUUGCUGAUCGUAAAAUGCGUUGA